UCGACUGCCGCAACCACAUUCGUGUCAUCCAACCCGUCGGCGACGGCACCAGACUGUACCUCUGCGGAACAAACGCCCACAACCCCAAAGAUUGGGUCGUUCACUCGAACCUAACGCAUCUGGGCCGAAACACUUUCGUUCCGGGAAUUGGAAUGGGAAUAGCAAAGUGUCCAUACGAUCCUGCGGAUAACUCGACCGCGGUAUGGGUGGAAAAGGGUAAUCCUGGCGAUCUUCCCGGGUUGUAUUCUGGUACGAAUGCCGAAUUUACGAAGGCGGACACGGUCAUCUUCAGGACGGAUCUGCAUAACCUGACGACCGGCAGAAGAGAGUACAGCUUUAAACGGACCUUGAAGUACGACUCAAAGUGGCUGGAUAAACCGAACUUCGUCGGCUCUUUUGAUAUCGGGGAGUACGUGUUCUUCUUCUUCAGGGAGACCGCCGUCGAAUACAUAAACUGCGGCAAGAGCGUCUAUUCCAGAGUGGCACGCGUAUGCAAGAAGGAUACCGGAGGGAAAAACAUCCUUGCACAGAACUGGGCUACCUAUCUUAAAGCUCGGCUUAAUUGCUCGAUCCCCGGAGAGUUUCCCUUCUAUUUCAACGAGAUCCAAAGCAUCUUCAAGAUUCCGGGAGAUGACAGUAAAUUUUACGGCACGUUCACUACGUCGACCAACGGACUUAUGGGAUCGGCGAUCUGCUCAUUCAAGCUAUCCGCAAUCCAAGAGGCUUUCAGCGGAAAAUUCAAGGAGCAGGCGUCCUCGUCUUCCGCUUGGCUACCGGUGUUAUCCAGCAGAGUGCCGGAACCCAGACCGGGAACUUGCGUCAACGACACCGAGACGCUUCCAGACACCGUUCUAAACUUUAUUAGGUCGCACCCACUCAUGGAUUCGGCCGUGACUCACGAAAAUGAGAAACCGGUCUUCUUUAAGCGAGACGUCUUCUUCACCAAGCUCGUCGUGGAUAGAAUUCGGGUGGAUCUUGGUGGAAACGUGCUGGAGUACAUCGUCUACUAUGCCGGAACAAAUGACGGUCGCGUGUUCAAAAUUGUGGAGUGGCACAACGAAAAUGGCGAUUCCACUUCCAUUUUGUUGGAUGUGUUCGACAUUACUCCGGGCGAACCUAUACAAACUCUGGAACUUUCCAAGAAACACAAAACUCUGUUUGUGGCCUCGGACCAUCGUGUAAAACAGAUAGACUUGGUCAUGUGCAAUCGAAGGUAUGACAACUGCUUAAGAUGCGUGCAUGAUCCAUACUGUGGAUGGGAUAAGGACAUUUACAUCUGUAAGCCUUACGCACCAGGGUUGCUUCAAGACGUUGCCAAUACGACGGUUAACAUUUGCGAUAGUAGCGUAAUAAAGAAGAAAAUGACGGCAACAUGGGGACAAAGUUUGCACUUGGGCUGCUUCCUGAAGAUGCCAGCAGUUCUCGCAUCUCAAACUAUCACCUGGCAUCACUAUUCCAAAGACAAGGGGCGAUACAAAAUAAUAUACAAGCCUGAAAAGUACAUUGAAACAUCAGAACAUGGGCUUAUUAUACUGUCACUGACGGAAGCAGACGCGGGGAGAUACGACUGCUGGAUGGGAGCGUCCUUGCUGUGUUCGUACAACGUGACUGUAGACUCGCACAGAUGCUCAGCCCCGUCAAAAAGUAAUGACUACCAAAAAGUGUACUCGGAUUGGUGCCACGAAUUUGAGAAGUAUAAGUCGGCGAUGAGAACAUGGGAACGGAAGCAGGCGCAAUGCCUCGCCCGACAAAACGACAGCGACCAGAACAACCAUCCGAACGAAAUCUUUCGACCCUUAUUAUGAUAGCUUGUGGAACACGGCCCGCUGGCCCUCACGCCCUUAGGAAUUCCUUUGUAUUGGACUGUCGUAUUCUUUGCAUAAAUUAAGUGACAAACGUUAUUAUUCGGUUCAAGCAUUUCGCAAUCAAUCACUUAAAAGUGCCCUCAUUUUGGUAGUGAAGGAUAUUAAAAGUUGGUGCAAAAAUUAAGAUUAAAAAUUGUGCCGUCUAUGUGUAUUUAUAGAUGGUUUUACAGAGACCAAAAAAUGUAGGCAUUUUAUUUUAAGGUACCUACCUACUGUAAGUUACUUUUAUACGAAGGUGUGUAGAAGGACCAGAAGCUACUUUUGCGGUCUUAUUCGCUACUUUUAACUGGAAGUUAGUCUUAUUUGCUACAUUUAACAAGAGAUUGCUACUGUUAAGUGGUAGUUAGGCUUACUAAUGUAGCAAUUAACUCCUAGUUGAAGGUAGCAGUUAGGACCAAACAAAAUUAGAAAUGUCACUUCCUUCUAGAUCUUCGUAACUUUUUUAAUAUACGUGGUUGAUUUUUACUAUUACUAAAGUAGUCCCAUUUAAUAUUUAAGACCGAGCAACUUAUUUUAAAUGGGAACACCUCGUAUAAUUUUAGACUGUACCUACAUUUAAGUUUUAGCUCUCCUGUUUGAGUUACGUGCGCACGAAUAUUUAUUAUAAACCUUGUAGGUCUGUGAUAUAUGUGUAUCGUAAUAUGCAAAAUUGCGUAUUUUAUUAUUUUACUUGUACAUAAUAUGCAAAGCAGCUAUCCGAUAAGAAUCGAUAAGAAUAUGGACCAAAGUGAACGAACUCUUGUUAGUAACACCGAAAAUGUAUACUGUAAAGUUCAAGCAUAUAUUUAAAGCAAUACUUUCGCUUGUGAUGGUCCCUUAUUAAUAAUCUAAUAUUGUAAUACAGAUUCCUACAUAUGCCAAUACUAUCCGUUACAUUGUUACAUAUUUUUAGUGUGAGAAAUAGAAAUUAUAUUUAGGUUUUUCAAGUAAGUACACCUCCUUUGUGUGCAAGGCGCUUUAAGUUGGUUAUUGUGCAGAGGAACAUCUUUGUUUCUUUGUUUAAUUUACUCGCUAGGUAUCCAAAAACUUAACGCGUCUUUACUACAACAUUUAGUUACAUUCUAGACAAUCAGCAAAUAAGCAUAUUACUUGAUUUUUGUGAAAUACGAUGUUAUUGUUUGUACAUUAGUCUUUAUUUGUAGCUGUACAUAAAAAGUUUAAUCGGCAACUGCUGAGGUUCCUGAUGAUUUUUUGAAACUUCAGGGGUUUGCUUAUAAAUUAUAAAAGAAGAAACUGGAUAUCAAAGGCAUACUUUUGUGUACAUACAUUCUGGGCUACAACUGUACUCAUUGUCAUUUUAUAAUAUCCCAUCCAUAUGGAUGUCACUUCUAUGAAGUGAUUUAGCGACAUUGGCUUAGCUUAUGGGAAUGUUUUUCGUUUAAGAUUAGUUUUUAAUCAUUUUUGUAUUUUAGUUAUGUAACGAAAAUAAUAGAAUUGUUUACAUUUUGUAUGUAAAUAGAUUAUUAAUAAUUAUAAUAUGGUUACACAUUGACAGGCAACUUAAUUAAGAAAUAAAGUAUAGAUAAUGCUCUUCUCCAA